AUGAAUAUCAUAAGUUGGAACAGUCAGAGGCUUGGGAACCCCCGAACAGUUCAAGACCUUUGCCGGAUGGUGAGGGUGAAGAAACCCGUCAUGGUUUUCCUCAUGGAAACCAAAAUGCGCCAAAAGAGAAUGGAGAAAAUUCGGCACAAACUUGGAUUCUCGAGUCCCCAAGCUGAUUUUACAUGGAAGUUCACGGGCUUUUAUGGACAUCCGGAGGCUUCAAAAAGACAUGAGGCUUGGGCACUUCUGCGGUAUUUAGGCCACCUUGAUCCUCUACCAUGGAUGUGUAUUGGCGGCUUUAAUGAAGUAGUCAAUGGGACUGAAAAAUGGGGUGGACGCAUGAGACAUCAGAGAGGUAUGCAGGAGUUCCAAAGGGCCCUAGAGGAUUGUGGACUGUCUGAUCUUGGAUUUUGUGGUUCUAAAUACACUUGGAGUAACUGCCAAGAUGGAAUAAAUUUUAUCAAGGAGCGGCUUGAUAGAGGGGUGGCAAACCUUGAAUGGAGACACUAUUAUCCAGAAGCGAUGGUGAAUGUGGAUGCAGCAGUUUCAUCGGAUCAUGCCCCACUAAUAUUGAGCCUCCUGAAUAAUGGAAGCAAAGUCGCUAGGAAAAGUUUUUUCCGGUUUGAGGCUGGUUGGGCAUUAAAUGAUGGGUACAAGUAUGAAGUAUCCACAAUCUGGAAUUUGCCAUGGCCGGGGAAAAUGGGAUGGGAGUGCUUGAGCAAUAAAUUGUCUGCAUGCAUGCUGAAAAUUACCCAUUGGAAUGAAGGCUUUUCCAAACCUUCACAAAAUCGGUUAGCAUGCAUGAGGGCCCGCCUAGCUGAAUUACAAGGGAUGGAACGUAUGGGGAAUAGUGAGAGUAUGGUUCGCUUGAAACGUGACAUCGAGACUCUGACGGAACAAGAAGAUUUAUGGUGGCGCCAAAGGGAAGGGGAUCUUGGACCGUGUUUGCUUCAUGUUGAGAAAUGUGUACAAGAGAGUAUGAACGCUGCUUUGGUGGAGGACUUCACAGCUGAGGAAAUCAGUGCAGCGUUAAAUCAAAUGGCGUCGCUCAAAGCUCCCGGACCGGAUGGGCUGGAUGCUUGCUUUUUCCAACAAAAUUGGACCCUCAUGGGUGAGGAGGUACUAGCUAAUAGGCUCAAAAAAAUCCUCCCACAUAUUAUUUCUCUGGCCCAAAGUGCUUUCAUUCCAAGAAGAUUGAUCACAGAUAAUAUUUUGGCGGCCUAUGAAACACUCCACACAAUGCAUACGGGCAUGAGGGGUAAGAAGGGUUUUAUGGCUAUUAAGUUAGACAUGAGCAAGGCUUAUGAUAGGGUGGAAUGGAGGUUUUUGGAGGCGUUGAUGAGAAAAAUGGGCUUUCAUGAAAAAUGGAUCCGUUUAGUGAUGAUGUGUGUCUUUUCAGUUCAUUACUCGAUUUUGAUGCAUGGGGAGCCGUGUGGGAAUAUAACCCCGUCUCGGGGUAUUAGACAGGGUGACCCUAUCUCACCCUAUCUUUUUCUCCUAUGUGCUGAGGUCUUGAGUUCUAUGGUGCUACAUGCAAAUAGAGAAGGGCUUUUAUCUGGGGUACCCACAUCUAGAAAGGGUCCAAAAAUCAGCCACCUAUUUUUUGCAGAUGAUAGUUUACUGUUUUGCAGGACUACACUUGCCCAAUGGAGUAAUAUGUUGGCCAUUCUGCGACAGUAUGAGGCGGCAUCUGGUCAAAAAAUGAACGCUGAGAAGACCUCAAUAGUUUUUAGUAGGAAUGCUCCUACGGUGGAAAAGGAUACUAUUUUGGAGUUUGCCGGUCUUCCUGCCACUUGCAUAUAUGAAAAGUAUUUGGGUUUGCCUGCUCUAGUGGGUCGUUCUUGA